AUGUCUAGGUACAACGAAUAUCAAACGGACAACAGUUGCGUUAUCGCAGAUCUGUUGCGAACAGAAUCCACUUCUCCCAUUAUCACGGCUUAUCUGCGAGCAGGUGCACGGAAGAAGUUGUGGUACAAGAAGGAGGAAGUUGGUGCCGUUAUCGUGACGUGCGGAGGCAUUUGUCCCGGCUUGAACAACAUUAUCCGCGAGAUCGUCGUGACUCUAACGCGUCUUUACGGCGUGAACCGCAUCUACGGAAUCAUGAACGGCUAUGGCGGCUUUGCGAAGGCCUUGGAAGAGCCCGAGUCAAACAUGGUGAUUCUAACCCCCGAACUGGUCGAUAAAAUCCACCACCAGGGUGGAACAUUCCUCCAGUCCGCGCGUGGCGGAUUUGAUGCAGACAAGAUCAUCGAAUGGUGUCUUCGCUACGAAGUCAAUCAAAUCUACGUGGUCGGAGGCGACGGAACGCAUCGCGGCGCGAACGUUCUCUUCCACGAGAUCCAGAAGCGACAUCUCGCGAUUUCGAUCGGCGGCAUUCCGAAGACGAUCGAUAACGAUAUCGCGAUGGUGGACCGUUCUUUCGGCUUCGAGACGGCGGUCCAGGAGUGCACCAACGCGAUUAACAGCGCGUUAGUGGAAGCAAUGAGUUGCGAGUACGGCGUGGGAAUCGUGAAGCUGAUGGGGCGCGAAGCCGGGUUCAUCGCCGCCUACGCGACGCUCGCGAGCCACGACGUGGAUCUGUGCUUGAUUCCGGAAGUGGACGUGGAUCUGUACGAUGACCAGUACGGAAUUCUGCCGUACAUUCGGCGCUGCUUGGAGAGGCAGCACCACUGCGUGGUGGUCACGUCGGAGGGCAUCGAGAUCCCCGGACUGCAGGGCGAUGGGUCCACCGACGCCAGCGGAAACAAGCGAUUCCCGGACGUGGGGCUGUACCUGAAGAAGCUGGUGAUUGACUACUUCGCGAACGAGGAGACGAAUCCCGAGAAGAUGAACGUGUCGGUGAAGUACAUCGAUCCGUCGUAUAUGAUCCGGAGCGUGCGCGCGAACGCGUUCGACUCGAUCCAGUGCUUGCUGCUCGCGGAGAACGUGGUGCACGGAAUGAUGGCGGGGUACACGGGCUUCACGGUGGGCGUGUGCAACAAUCGCAGCGUGUACAUCCCCAUCAAGACGCUGACGGACAACUCGCCGCGCACGCUGUAUCCCUUCGGACGCACCUACGAGCGCGUGGUGAACAUCACGGGGCAGCCCGACUUCUCGAUCCCGAUGAAGAAGCGAUUGAUGGAGCAGAAGGAAAGGGAGGAAAGAGAGGCUAAAGAAAGAGAGGAGAAAGAGGCUAAAGAAAGGGAAGAGAAGGAAGCCAAGGAGAGAGAAGAGAAGGAAGCUGAGAAAAAGGAAUAAGGAAAUAACGCUGUGAAUCCUAUGAACGAUCGAACCACU